GUCACCUUAUCUGAUAUCUCCUCUACAUCGUGCCUACAGCGCUCAACUAAUUAUAUACUUAUCUAUGGCUCAACGUUAAUUAAAGUUAUAAUUUGUUAAUUUCCGUAAACGGUUCUGCAACUGUAAACUGAUAACAAUGGAGCAAUUGACUGACGUUUCUUUUAAGGCCGUCGAUUAAAUUUUAGAAAUAUAAUUUGGAAAUUGGAGUGAAGUAAAAGCAUGUUACUACUUGAAUCUUCAUAAUAAUUUAUGCUUCUGAGGUCAUACUAGUGGGUCAUAUUUUUGUAACAAGAAAAUGGCAACCCCCAACAAUAACAAUACUUCAGAUGAAGAAAAAAUCGACCCAACGAAAGACGUUCGAUGUGGACUUGUGCGUGAAGUUGGAAGUCAAGCAAUUUGGAGUUUAUCUUCUUGUAAACCCGGUUUUGGCGUAGAUCAGUUAAGAGAUGAUUGUAUGGAAACUUAUUGGCAGUCAGACGGUCAACUACCACAUUUAGUUAAUAUUCAGUUUAGACGUAAAACAGUAGUACGUGACAUAUGUAUUUAUAUUGACUACAGGUUAGAUGAAAGUUACACACCUGGUCGUAUAUCUGUACGUGCUGGUACAAAUUUUAAUGACUUACAAGAAGUUGAAGUAGUUGAACUCAACGAACCUUAUGGGUGGGUAAGAAUUAUGACUAAAGACAUCAAUGACAUGCCAUUGAAAACAUAUAUGCUUCAAAUAGCUGUUAUAACAAAUCAUCAAAAUGGACGAGACACUCACAUGAGACAAAUAAAAGUACAUUCACCUGUUGAAAGAAGGGACCUUCUUAUUGGUAAUUUCAGUACAGUUGAAAUGAGGCAGUAUACGAUAAUUAAAUAAUUUCUCAAGUUUUUUAUUUGUAUAUAACUUUAGUUUUUAAGACUUGUAAAUAGUAAACAAAGAAUUUAUUAUUUGAUCUUCAAGUUAAAAUAAAAUUAUGUAAAAUAAUUAAGUUAUAAUGAAGUACAGUAAAAAAAAACAAUGUAUUAAAUAUUGAAAAAUCAAACUCAUAGUUGUAUGCAGUUCACAUAUUGACAGAUAACUAAUAUAAUUAGGGAUAAAUCUAA